GCCUGCCCGGCUGCGGCGGAGGCGGAGGAGGCAGCGUGUGUCUGUACCCGCGGCUGGGGGCUGCGCCGGUGGUGCUUACGCUACCUCCAGCAUCAUGGACGGUCAGAGAGAAACUCUGGAAAGAAUUGUGUCUACUCUAGCAAAUAAAAAUGAUGAAAUUCACAACUUCAUUGACAUGCUGAACCAUACAAUAAAAAAUAUUCAGGUAAACUCUACUAAUGCCAUCAGUGAGUUGGAUGAAGAAUUUGAUGGUCUGUAUUCUAUAUUGGAUGAGAUGAAGGGAAGUAUGGCCAACACUAUUCAGCAAGAAGAGGCCCGUAAAAUUCAAGUCCUGCAGGAUCAGCUUAGCCAGUGUAGUAGUGCCUUAGAGAGUUCUGAAGAGCUGCUGGAGCUUGCUGCAGAGUCACUGGACAUAAAGGACCCUGUGGAGUUCUUAAAGGCUGCCAGACAGAUCAAAGAUAGAGUUACAAUGGCUUCAGCAUUCCGCAUCUCACUGAAACCAAAGGUCAGUGAUAGUAUGACUCAUUUGAUGGUGGACUUCACUCUGGAAAGGCACAUGCUCCAGGCUGUAAAGUUUUUGCCAGUCCCUAAAGCUCCAGAGAUAGAUCUAGCAGCAUGUCUGGUUGCUGAUAACUGCAUAACAGUAUCUUGGCGAAUGCCUGAAGAAGACAGCAGAAUUGAUCAUUUUGUACUGGAGUAUAGGAAAACCAACUUUGAUGGGCUUCCUCGAGUGAAAGAUGAACAGCGCUGGGACCUAAUAGACUAUAUUAAAGCUACUGAAUAUACGUUAUCUGGUCUGAAAUUUGAUACAAAAUACAUGAACAUUAGAGUACAAGCUUGCAACAAAGCUGUGGCAGGGGAAUACUCUGAUCCUGUGACUCUGGAAACCAAAGCAUUUGUGUUCAGUUUGGACAGUACUUCAUCUCAUCUCAACUUGAAAGUUGAAGAUAACUAUGUUGAAUGGGAUCCUACUGGAGGCAGAGGCCAAGAAAAAAUAAAAGGGAAGGAAAAUAAAAGCAGUGACAAGCAGAUUCCUCUGCUGAAGAACAACAGAAGAAGUGGUGCUCCGUCUCCUAAGAGGACAUCCAUUAGCCCAAGAUCCUCAGCAAGGAGCAGCAGAGAUCAUUUUACUGGUGAAUCAUACACAGUGUUGGGAGACACAGCUUUUGAAAGUGGACAACACUACUGGGAGGUCAGAGCAGAGAAGGACUGCAAAUCCUACAGUGUGGGAGUGACAUAUAAAAACCUGGGGAAAUUUGACCAGCUGGGAAAGACGAAUUCAAGCUGGUGCAUCCAUAUCACCAACUGGCUGCAUACAACAUUUUCAGCAAAACAUAAUAAUAGAACGAAGACUCUAGAUCUACCUGUUCCAGACAGAAUAGGAGUAUACUGUGACUUUGAUGGAGGUCUGCUCUCAUUUUAUAAUGCAAACUCAAAGGAGCUGUUACACACCUUCAGAACCAAGUUUACCCAGCCAUUAUUACCAGGCUUCAUGAUCUGGUGUGGUGGGCUUACAGUGAGUACUGGAUUGCAGGUGCCAAGUGCUGUGAAAACUCUCCAGAAAAGUGAAAAUGGAUUGAAUACUUCAACAAGUAGCCUCAACAAUAUUGCCUAGUAAUGUCUAUUAAACACAUGUAUUGCUGAAUGUUUUUUUUUCUGUGUAGCUGCUACUUGCAGAAGCUUGUGAGCAUUGGGUUAAACUGGGUUUAUCUGCCUACUGAUGUCUAAGGCCUGGGUACUGAUAGUGCAACGUUUUGGGGCUAAAGUGUUUAGAACCUACUGUGAAUCCAGACAGAAAUGUCAGACAGAAAACUGAACUGUUGCCUCUUUGGAAAAUAAGUGGAUAAAUCAAGAGCUGUAACAAUGUACUUCUCUAAUAGUGUAUUUAACCAUUUUAUUAUAGAAUUGAAUAUUAAGUUUGGUAUGAAUAUUAUUUUUUCUAUGAAGCCUAUAACAAACAAAAUUUUCUUAGCUCUCCUAACA